ACCGUCAAUCUGAUGUGAGGCGUGCAUUACAUUGGUGUUAAAUGAAUAUUCAUUCUAAUUUCAGCUAGCGAUUUAGUUUGGACAUAUUUUGAAUCGUAUGAACGAAAUUAAACAACAUAAAAAACAUCGAUCAAUUCAAAACGUUGAAAAGUUUUCAGAAAAUUCAGUGCAAAUCAAAAAAUAGAUAAAAAUUUACGAUUAAGAAAUUGAAAUCCAGUGCUGUUUGUAUUGUCUUCCGUACAUUCACGAAAAAAAAACACGAAAAAAUUAGUAUGCACAUUUGAUUACCAACAAUUUGAAAAAUAAAAGAGUGAUUGAUUUGCAAAUAGAAAUCAUGGAAUUAUCAUUAGUCGCAAGUUUCGAUGAGCUGAGACGGUGUCAAGAUAUUUUGACAGAUGGUACAGCUGAAAUCGAAUUUCGUCGUUUUCUACAAAUCAUGGAAGAGAGUCGAUUGCAAUGGCAAGCUACAACGGCCGAAGCACAGCGCUUGCAACGCGAAUUAGACAAGUGUUUGAGAGAACGUUCGGAUUUUGAGACAAAAUUAUUUCAUGCACGCCGAUUAUUGGAAACAGAAAGCAAAGCACGAAAAGCCGCCGAACUUGAACGUGAUCAUUUGGAAAAAAAAUUGUCCAGAGCGUGUGAAUAUUUGCACACAGAUCGUGAGAUCAACGAUGAAACACGUAACAAAUUGGCAUUUUUAAAUAUGUCAUCGCGUAAACGGAAAUCAAAAUCGAAUCGUUUCGUUGAUGAGAAUUAUGGCAACGAAAUCAAUUCGACCGGUUCAUUUUUAUCGGAUUUAUCAGUAACAAAGUCGGAAGAAGAUUUUCUUGAAAUGUCAAAACCAUUCAAAAAACAUCGUCCAUCGGUGAAUGCCCCAACCACACCAUAUGCUGAAAGUAAGCAUGCACGGCGUAGUGCACGAAGAAGCAUGGAUUUGCGUAACAAGAAAAAUGCUAGCAUAGUCGAAGUGAGUGGAUCAGAUAAAAUUGUUGCAACGACAAAAGUGUCGAUUCCGCAGGGAGAUGGACCAAUUCAAGCCACAUCAACUAUUGAGACUCCGUCAUUGUAUCCAAAAAUCGAUACAACCGAACAGCAAUAUUCGAAAUGUAAGAAAAAAGCACCCGACACUCCAUUGUUUACACCAACACGAAAUUCAAUGAAGUUACAAGAAGAUUAUCCAAUGCCGAGCGCUCCUCCACUACAAGAAGUGACCAACAAUCCGAAAUUGUUGUUAAAUUUACAAGGUCGCCAACAUGAAUUCUCAAGCCGGAUGGUAUUACGCUCGGAAAAUUGUGCAUAUUGUUUGAAAAAAUUCAGUUUUGGUACAUCAGCUUUGAAAUGCCGUUUGUGCAGCGUGUAUCUUCAUCAAGAUUGUAAGAUUCAAUUUGCAAUGGCUUGCGUUCCAAAAAGCCAAGGAACACCGGGAUUUAAAAAUGGCAAGCAAGGCUAUAUCUCGGAAUAUGUACCACUGAAUGAAGGUCCAAUGCUUCCGCCACUGGUCGUAUACUGUAUAAAUGAGGUUGAAACACGCGGUCUUUCAGAAGAAGGAAUUUAUCGUGUAUCGGGCUCAGAGAAGGAAGUCAAAGCACUCAAAGAACGAUUUUUACGCGGCAAAACACCACCAAUAUUGUCAGGCAUCGACAUACACGUCAUUUGUGGUUGCAUUAAAGACUUUUUGCGAAGUCUACGGGAGCCACUAAUUCCAACUAGUCUAUGGAAGAAUUUCUCAAAUGCUGUCCAAACAGUCGAUGAGGCAACUGCUGUUCGUGAAUUAUUUGCUGCAAUCAAUCAAUUACCACAGGCUAACCGAGAUACAUUGGCAUUCUUAGUCAUGCACUUGCAACGUGUCGCAAGUUGCAAAGCCAUCAAAAUGCCGACUGAAAAUUUGGCAAAAAUUUUCGGACCAACUGUAGUGGGCUACUCGUCGGCUGAUCCUGAUCAACAUGCCAUUUUCACCGAGACAAUGAUUCAGAAGGAUGUGAUGCUUCACUUAUUAGAAAUUCCAACGGAUUAUUGGAAUCGUUUCAUUUUGGUCGAUACUACUGACGACGAAAGUCAAAAAGUUUCGGGAUAUUCAUUCUUUGGUACACCAAAUGCUCGGCCAUUAAAUGCCACCAUGCUGCGUAAGGAGCGAAAAUUCUUUGCCACACCGCCAUACAAUACGACACGCCGACAUUAAAAGAUUCCUUUUUGAAAGAGAGAACACAGCAUCAAAAUAUACUUAAUCAAAACAAACAAAAAACAUAUUUUCAGUAUUUUCGUAUCUAUGUUGUAAAUGCGCCAAGGCACCAACUCACAAUUUUAAUUUUUAAGUUUCUUUUGUUCGUGUUACAGUGACAUCCUUAUCACUUAAAGAAAGCCUGUGUUUUUUGUAUCCGCCACGUUAUAUAGAAAUAGUUCCGUUUUUUUUGUGAAUUUUUUAUCGUAUUAAAGAGUUACAUAUUA